ACAGAGAGCCGGGCAGGGAAUGGAUGCGCGUUUUGCACGCAUGGAGGAAGCCAAAAUGAUGUGCAAGGAGUUUAAAGAAAAGUCGGAGUGCGGGGGAAGAAUAGAAAAGGAUGAAAGCGAUGACUCUGCGCUGCAGGACCAGGUUUUAAAGAGAUCCAAGAGAGGCUUUACUUAUCCGGGGACCUGUGGUGUGGAGCUGGAAACAUGGCUGAUAAUUACGACCAAUUGGGAGAGUUUGCAGAGACCGAUAGCUGCUGCCGUAUCCAUGACCACUGCCCGCAUGUCAUCCACGCCUUCUCCUCCAAAUAUGGCUACACCAACUUCAAGUGGCACUCUAUCUGUCAUUGCGACUGUGAUAAUGCGUUAAAAACUUGUCUCAGGAGAGUCAACGACACGUCUUCCAGGGUUGUUGGUCAGGCGUUCUUUAAUGUCAUUGGUGUGCCUUGUUUUGAGUUUGCCUUUGAAGAGCAGUGUGCUGAGCGGCACUGGUAUGGCAUGUGUAAACGAUACCAGAAGUUUCCCAUUGCUGUUUUGGAAGAGGCGGUGCCAUAUGACUUUGGGGGUAUUGACGUCAUCGAUGAGUUGACACUAGCUCCUCCCAAGAGUGUAGAGUCCAAGAAAAGCCCUGAAGAAGAGAAACUCGAGAGUACAACCCAGUCUGCGAUGUCAGGCCCUGAAGAGCCUUCACUCAGAAACGUUGUCACCGCCGCUGAGGACUUCAUCAAGGUCCUCGCUACCGUCUCCACCUCUCAAAGCUCCACCACCGAGUGA